UGGCUAAAAAACAGCUGGUUUGACAAGUAAAAGGUGCAAGAAAAUCGAAUAUGCAACUGUGGAAUAAAUACAAUUUUUCACCUAAAAAUACUCAAAAUUAGUGGAAAAAAACACAAUGAACCUCAAGUUAAAGUGUCCAAGUAUCUUCUGCAUUUGAAAAAAGUGAAAAAUUUGUCAUAUUCAGAGUGUGAUUUGAGGUGGAAAAAAGUGAGUCUCUCAUGGCCGCAGACUUGUCACAUUUCUCGCUACAUUUGCAUUUAUUUUCCCUCAAAUCUCUGACCUUUUUCCUCCUUUCACUCUAUUUAUAAUUGUGAGUGUGAUAAAUAAUCGUCGGGGGACAUUUUGCUGCAAGUCGGUGUUUAUUGAGGUGUGUUAGAAGAGUCUCGUGAUAUAAGUGAAAAAACCUCCCACGUUUCAUUUCGGGAAAGCCGCCAGAUAUUUGCGCGGGGAGAGAGGGCUUUGCAGGUCAGUGUAUGUGUUUAAAUCAAAUGAGGGCAGAGAUUCUACUGUGCCCCAUUUUGUGCUGAGACAUGGAAAAUACAGAUGGAUCAGAUCGUCAGCGCGAUCAUGAUUCACUGAGUGUUUCCCUCCGGAAUUUUCUCAAUGUUGCCGCAAUGUUUCAAUCGACAACCGUGGACACACCUGAGACAUCAGAACGUCCAGAUAUGGACUGUGAUCGUUUAUUUGCUGAGCCCCUUGUAGAUGAUGGUAUUCUCGAUCCCGUCUUCCUGAACGACUACCAUCCGUUGAAUUCAUACGUGAGACCUGCUCAUGAACUGAUUCAUCCACCAAAUGUAUUCUCAACAUAUCAAAAUUUGAGUGUUGUUGGGGCAAAUUGUGAGAUUCUCACCUCAGAUUCCGUUCCACCAACAUCAAUUAUGCAGCCAGAUUCAUCCACUUCCACUUCCGCUGAAUACUAUCGCGAUCCCUUUCCCCUUGAAUGGUCUAGACUAACUCCCUUUAGUCUCGAUCAGAACUUUCCACUUCCUCAGGAAGACUCUGUCGCAGAUUCAGCCAUUAAUUUGCGCCGGAGACGUGCUUCUCCUGAUGAUUCCCUCGACAAUCCUACUCCAUGUAAAAUUCCUAACACCAAUCCUGAUUCAUCUACGCUCAACUGCCCACCUGGAUGCAGUGGGAUUAAGUACGAGACUGAGAAUUCCAUGGCACCCGUACCGACUCAAGGGACUGGUGUUGUGAAGAGGGAGCCAACUCGGGAAGUGAUCCAGGAAGAACAAAAGUUCCUGCCACAGGAUCAAGCGACUGGGCAGCAAAAGCACGAAUCGUUUAACUGUGCCGAAUGUUUUCCGGAGGAUCCUGCACCGCGCGAUACUGCUGGCCAAGAAAUGGCUAAUGAGACCAAAGUGGAGCACAAAACGGAGACACCAAGGAUGUCUUUCUACGAAGCACAGAGCUCUCAGCCAGGAACUUCGGCUACAAAUUUGUCUGAGGAACCUGUGGCUGGGCCAAGUGGUGUUCAGAGUAAUUCCUCAGGCAGUCAGAGGAAUACAAAGCAUGGUGGAGUGAUCAAGAAAAUCGUCAGCUGGUACGAUGAUUCGAGCUGUGAUGAGUCUGACAAUGAGAAUGAUAGAAAACGUUAUCAGCAGUCAUCUUCCUCAAGAUCUGUGAUUGUGACGAAUGAGGCAGCUGUUCAGACGUCCUCUGAAACUCCAGUUCCCAUUCUCACGGCCCCCGAUCUCUCCCUGGAUUGUCUGUACGAUUCCAGUGGGGAUGAGAGCGAUGUUGUUCUCGUUAUGCCGGACAAUCCUCCAAUAGAUCUCACGGGAGAUUCAGACGAGGAAGACUUAUCGUAUGGGAUGAUUCAGCCUUCCCAGCUGGAGAUGCGCCCCAGUACUGUUGAGAGUGGCCGAAGGGCUCCAACAAAUGAAUAUCUCGAGCUUCCAGCUGCAAAUAAUGCCUCCAGCAGCAACGAUACUCCUCAGUCGAGAGUAUUCAAUGAUUAUCCCUGGGCAUAUUCAUACAGAUUGCAUCCGGAUAAUACUUCGGACUACAAUGUGGAUUACUAUUCGCCCAAUCGACGUCCAACUCUUCUUCCUCUGAGAACUCUUUCGAACCUCGAUCGAGGUCGAGAGGAGCCAGAGAGAAUCCCUCUUCGAUUGCAGAGGAUGAGACAACAGAUGCUGUCACCCCCACCGGCUUCGCCAGCUCCUUCGGUGAUGAUGCACCUGCCUCUCACGAGCACAAAUGAUCCUGUUCUCAGCAAUAUCUGCUACAAUGAACGCGAAAUCGAGCGACCGGCUACACCACCGCCUUACAUUAGGAAUUCUCCAACGUUAGCUCAGGACUUCAAUACGCCGAAUCCUUGCAUCUAUGUCAUUUCGGACACAGAUUCCAGACCAUGCGAUCUCUCGCGAGAGAGACCUCGUCCAGUGGCACAGCCACAGAGUGGCUCUGUGAUGCACAAUGAACCGGGAAAUGCACCUCCUCCACCUCCCAGGAACUCCAAUUCUGGCGCAGUGGGAGGAAGUAGUGGCUCAAGUUCCUUCAAUGUCAUGGAGAGACCCACGAGAGGUAAUCAGAUGGGUGGAGUUGUGUCUUCGACGCAGCAACCCAUUAUGACGCCCUCGACGCAGCCAACGACUGUUUUCAGGUUGUUCAACAGGGCCAACACUGGCCAGGGAGCUUGUCAUCCACUCCUGGAUCAUCGCUACAGUCGCAUGGGAACGCGUCAGGUAGCUCCAUAUCACGGCAACUGUAUCCGUCCGCCGCCAUAUGCGCCUCAUGAGAAUCUCUGGUGUCGCCAGCAGAACACCCAGGAGCUCCAUCGUCGUCUCAUGACGCCCAGCAAUUGCGUCAGUGGACACAGACAAGUCAAUGCGCGUCCAGCGUGUGGCUGCAAUGAGAGUCGCGGUAGUUUCCUGUAUCCACGACGCCGGAGGAUUUCCUAUCCAGCUGCCAUGGAGCAUUCGCCUCCUUCGAUGCAGCAACUCAUGCCGCCCUUCCCCAUUCGCUCCUAUCGCGAUCAUCGUAUGUGGCAGGACAUGAUCAGGGCCCGAGAGCAGCAUGUGUACCACCACAUGUACCACUAUCCACCGGAUGAGGCUUCUGGACCGCAGCUGCACGUGAGCAUUGGACUGCGACCAGACAGGGACACGCAUCCGCUGCUGUCGCGUCUCAAUCAGUUUGUUAGGGUGAUAGAGGCCCGUGGGCUGGCGGGCAGCAAUCGAGGGGCCACACAGGAGGUCAUCGAACGCAAUACCUUUCCGCACAAGUACAAGAGAGUGCCCAGAUCGACCGACGGAGACGAGGACAACACGGAGAAGUGCACCAUCUGCUUGUCGCAGUUCGAGAACGACAAUGAUGUCAGGCGCUUACCGUGCAUGCACCUUUUCCACAUGGACUGUGUGGAUCAGUGGCUCGUGACUAAUAAACACUGCCCAAUUUGUCGUGUCGACAUUGAGACUCAUCUGAGCAAAGACAUGGCUAGCAUAUGACCACAUCUCCACAAUUUAUUCUUCCCCGAUUAACAUUUUUAAGUCUUAUUUUCUCUUUCUGUGAAAAGAAAUCCCAGAUGGAACAAAAAUAUUGAUGUAUCUGCCUUCCAAGCCUGAGGAUCAGGAGAAUCAGAAGUUUCCCAUGUAAUGAGGAUGAGAAAAUGCUGAGUGAAAGGAAAAGAGAAUUGUUACACAAGAUAAGAAGAGGAGAGAAGCAUUUUAAUGUGAAAGAUUUGGGAGUAAGACAUUGAAGAAAUUAAUGGUAAAAGACAUUUUGGAGUGAAUGGUAUCAAAAUUUGGAUCUAUUUCUUUAUGUUUAAAUUAAUAAUACUAUAUCUUCCCCAUUUAUAAAUUGUAGAGAAAACAAACAAAAAAAAAUUGCAAAGUGGAAGGGUAAUUAUCUUCUUUUGUACGACUGAGAUUUUUGUGAGUGAGGUAAUUGGAUAAAAAAUAUUUUUGAUAAGGAAAACUCCAAAAUGAGAAAAAAAAAACUUUAUAUAAAGUAUAAUCUUUAUUUGUUCAUAGAAAAUAAAAAUUAAUGUAAAGCACUAAUAAUUAAAAGUAUAUUGGGAAAGAAAAGUGCCAUAAAUAAUUAUAAAAAAAGGAAAAUAAACAUUUUUCUCUCACGGUA